CGGUAACGCGGCCGCUCGUCCGCGUGUCUAGUUUUGCGCGGCAGCCGCAGCGUAAACAAGCAGCAUGCCGAAAGACUCGAAAAGAAAUUGUGGUCCCGAAACUUCCAAAAGUUACGUGCUGUAUCAAAAGCGCGAGAUAACUUUGCUAAAUCAGUCGGGAAAGCGUCAUGAUGGAAGGCAAUUUGUAGACGUCCGUCCAAUUUUUUUAAAAACAGGAGUCGUCAGCCAAGCCAAAGGGUCCGCCUACAUCGAGAUGGGCAACACAAAAGUUGUUUGUUCAGUAUAUGGCCCUAGAGAAAUUGCACGCCGGAAAGACUUCACCUUCAAAGGCCAGAUCAACUGCGAGUUCAGGUUUGCGCAGUACUCGUGUCCGAUUCGUCGUCAACCCCUGAACGACAGUGAAGCGCUCCACUACUCACAGCUCUUGGAGAAAGCGCUAGCUCCAGUUGUAUGCCUGCACAAGUUCCCAAAAUCAACUGUCGACGUGUUUGUCUUUGUUGUCGAAAAUGAUGGCGGAGCCCUGGCUUGUGCAAUAACAACGGCUGGACUCGCUCUGGCAGAUGCUGGUAUUGACAUGUACGAUGUUGUCGUGGGUUGCAGCUUGCGUCAAGAUGGCAGCACUUGCCUGAUUGAUCCAACUUAUGAUGAAGAAGUGGCACCUGUGGAUGCAAAGGAUGACCUCAGUUUUGGUCGUAUGACUUUGGGAUUCAUGCCUGCUCUCCAGCAAGUCACUGCAUUAGUACAGGAUGGUGAAUUGGAUGCUGCCUCCGUAGUAUCAGACAUGAAAGCCUUAAUUGCUGCAUGUCAUCAAAUUUACCCUCUCGUCCAAGACGUUCUGCUGAAAGAAGUGGAGGAGAAGCUGAAUGGAGAAAUGAAGAAGCUGGAAUUGUCAGUGGAAGAGGAUGGUGUUACAGCGUGACAUGAGAGAAAAAUUUGGACUCCUCACUAGAGCGUGUGAAUUACAGAAGCCAUGCUCAUUUUACUGUACAUAAUCCAUAAAUACAGAAGUGUCUUCAUCGCUGGUUCA